GUCGCCGUCCGAGACACACCAGCUGUCUGGAAGGGUUAUUGCUUCCUUGUGUUAAGAGGAAAUGGUGACGGAUUAUUGGUGUCCAGUGAAAGGCUUGGAGAGAAAAUGUGUUGAAACGCAUCAAUAAAAGGCAUUGCAACAUCUUUCGUGACUUUCACUGCACAUCCAACAUUUCAACACAUUGGGCACUCGGUUAUUAUGGAGGAAGAACUGCAGCAAGCUAAAAACGAUCGAGCACAGGCCAAGAGGACUUUCACGAGAAAAUGCAACAUAUUCGAGGACACUGUUGGACAAGCGAGUGCUUCAACAGCGUUGACUGAGGUUUAUGAAGAAGUCUGUAAAGCUUUUGAUAAGGUUGAAUUUUGUCAUGAGAGGUAUGUCUCCAUAUUCAUUAAGGUUGGUGCCAGAGGAACAUUUAAUUGAGUGUGACGAAUAUAUUGAUAGUUUGGAAAGAAGGAAAGUCCAGAUUAUGUCUACAUACAAAAAAGAUAUUCAUGUGGUAGAGGACUCUAGUGUUAGAAGGGUUAAGGUGAAGGCUUUGCAACCGCCUCAGUUUAGUGGAGACAUUAGAGAUUUUCCGAAUUUUAGAGAUGAUUAUAAAAGAUUAAUGGUACAUUGUUUUGGAAAGGAUCCCUAUGCACUGAGGUCAUGUUUGAGUGGUGAAGCAUUAAAUACUGUCAGAGGUAUUGAAAAUGACUAUGAUGAAAUGCUCAGUAGGUUAGAUUUAAAGUAUGGAGAUAACCGCAAAUUAGUUGAUGCAGUACUUUCAGACUUGAAAUCGAUCAAGCCUGUUAAUGAUGGUGAUAAUAGAGCGUUUGUCAAAAUGGUUGAGAGAGUCGAGAGGUGUUGGUUAGACUUACAGAAGAUGGACCUUGAAGGGGAAAUGAAUACCGCUAACACAGUAAGCUACAUAGAAAAGUUACUCCCUAUGACACAAAAACGUGAGUGGGUACAAAUAGCAGAACAUAGAAGCUCCACUGAAUUGUUUAAACAUCUUAUGGCCUUUCUGCUUAAAGAAAAAAGGGUACUGGAAUAUAUAAAUUCAGAUAUCAGGACAUGUUCAAGUACUAGGAUUUGUCAUAAUAUAUCAGGUCAAGUUAAUGAAGAAGAUAUGAUAGCAUCCAUUAAGGGUAUUCCAGAAAAACAUAAUGAAUUACUCCAACGUGUAGAUCAGCUAACUCAAAUAGUCACUAAUUUAUGUAAGGAUAAUGAUACUUCGCAAACUGGGAAGUGCUUAUUACAUGAAAAAGGCACUCAUAAUACUGGGAGCUGCUCAGCAUUUGGCAAUCUAGGUAAUUUUGAGAAGUUUGAAACUGUAAGGAAAAGGCGAGCAUGUUUCAAUUGUCUGAAAGCUGGUCAUAUAUCAAAUUUUUGUCGUCUCAAGAAUACUUGUAAUGUAAUAACUGAAGGUCAAAGAUGUGGAAAAUUUCAUCAUCCAUUACUUCAUGGAGCAUUUUCAGAAGGUCUGAUGUACAGUACUACUCUUUCCGUCAAGUCCAAAUGUUUAGUAAGAGACAAAGCACUGCUAAUGAUUAGUAAAUUAUACAGCAAUGGCACACCUUUGAAUACGUUGUGGGACCCUGGAAGUGAUAUAGCACUGAAAACAUUUGCUACUGCUUUUAAACUAGGUCUGAAAGGUAGAGACAUUGAAUUAACUAUCACUAAGGUAGGAAGAAAGGUAGAAAUUAUAAAGAGUAAAGAAUAUGUAAUCAAAGUGACUGAUCUUGAAGGUAAACACUGGUAUAUCACGGCUUAUGGCAUAGAAGAGAUAACAUCUGAAGCAUGUAAGGUAGACCUGACAAAUAUCGUUCUUUUGUUUGAUGAUAUCCGUCUUUUCUGA